AUGAGUAUUUUUGAGAGUAUACAUGAAGAAAAUCUUUCAAUCAAGGUGUAAUCUGAAAUCUUGUUUUCUCCAGAAAAAAAGGAUCUCAGACCUCGUAAAAAUCUAUUUCCUGGGAUGUUUUAGGAAUAAAAAAGAACAUACAUCAAAGUAUCUAAAGAAUCCAAGGAAUAAUUACGUGAACUUGUAUUCAAGGAAGGGUUUAAAAUUAAAGAUGCUGCUAAGAAACUCUUUAUCAAAUAUGCUACUGCUAAAACUAUUGUGUUUCAUUGGCGAAAAAAGUGUCAGAAACAAAAGAAAUAAGAAAGCAAAUUUAGCAGAUAUAUUUAAUUACAAGGGUUGAUCUCCAUUAAAUUGAAAAUCAUCUCAAUUAUCUAAUAAAAGCUCAUGUCUUCUGUUGAAUACAUUGUGCAGCAUCCCUCAUGUGGUUAAUGCUAUAAGCGAUUAGAAGACUGA